CACUAAUACACUAUUGUUCUUCAUCUAUAUUUACAAUUACUACACACACACAUGCACACACACUAUGAUCUCUCUAUUGAAAAGGAGACAUCUCCCACCCAUAAACCCUUCCCUUCACCUCCACCUCCAAACCCUCUCCACCAACACCAUCAAACACCUCCCAAAACCUCAAGAGCUCUCAAACCCUAACCCUUUUCUCCCUCUCCUGCAUUCAUGCCCCAAUCUUUUCUCUCUGAAGCAGAUCCAUGCCCUACUUGUUGUCCAUGGUUUGAUCCAAAACCUCCCACUCAACACCAAAUUGGUAAGCUCCUACUGCGCUUUCGAGAGCCUCGAAUCGGCACGUAAGGUGUUCGACGAAAUUCCCGACCCAGAUCUCUAUUCCUGGAAGGUGAUGCUUAGAUGGUACGUCGUGAGCGAUCGCUACGUAGAAGCGAUCGGGUUCUACGGGAGAAGAAUGAGGCAAUGUUUACUAGUAGAAGACAAUGUGGUCUUCUCGCUUGUGUUAAAGGCGUGCGUGAAAUCGCUCGACAUUGAUGAAGGAAAGAAGGUGCAUGGUCACGUAGUUAAAGUCGGAAAUCUGGAUUGUUUCGUGCUAAAUUGUUUAGUCGAUAUGUAUGCGAAAUGUGAAGAUAUCGAGUGCGCACGUAGGGUGUUCGAUCGAAUGCGCGGUAGAAAUGUGGUUUCUUGGACUUCGAUAAUAUGCGGGUAUGUUCGAAAUGGUCGGGCCGAAGAAGGGUUGGUUUUGUUUAAUGAGAUGAGGAGAGAAAGUGUCGAGCCGAGUGAACACACAUUGGCGAGCUUGCUCACUGCUUGCGCGACACUAGAUGCUUUGCAUCAAGGGAAGUGGAUCCAUGGUUACGGAAUUAAAGUUGGUGUGAAUAUGAAUUCUUUUGUCAGCACCGCAUUAUUAGAUAUGUAUGUAAAGUGUGGGGACGUAACAGAUGCGCGUGAUGUAUUCGACGAGCUUUAUGAUGUAGACAUUAUCUCCUGGACUGCUAUGAUAGUCGGGUACACACAAACUGGGCGUCCAUUAGAGGCCUUACGGAUUUUUGGCGACAAGAAUUUCGCGGGAAUCAUUCCUAAUUCAAUUACCGUAGCAAGUGUUCUCUCUGCCUCUGCGCAGAUAAGAAACUUGAACUUUGGAAGAUCGAUUCACGUGCUCGGGAUUAAGCUAGGCGUGGAGAAUAGCCCGGUGGUUGUUAAUUCUCUUGUUGAUAUGUACGCCAAAUGCCGCGCAUUAUCCGAUGCUAAUCGCAUAUUUAAAGGGAGUCAGAAUAAGGAUGUUAUUACUUGGAAUUCGAUGAUAACAGGAUGUGUGCAAAAUGACUUAGGCCAUGAAGCUUUAUCACUUUUUAAUCAGAUGAGGUUACUUGGAUGUUCACCUGAUGCCGUCACAUUGGUGAGCGCUCUCUCGGCUUCUGCUUCUUUGGGAGCUCUCCAAGUUGGUAGCUCUUUCCAUGGUUAUGCUCUGAAGUGCGCCUUUUUAUUCAACAUUUACGUAAACACGGCUCUCCUAAAUCUCUAUAACAAAUGCGGGGAUUUGGUAUCUUCUCGUCAAGUGUUCGAUGAAAUGAGUGACCGAAAUGCAGUUACCUGGUGUGCUAUGGUGGGCGGCUACGGAAUGCAAGGCGAUUCCGCCAGUUCCAUUAAUCUUUUCAAAGAAAUGUUAAAUGAAGAUUUUCAACCUAAUGAUAUCACCUUCACAAGCAUUUUAUCCACUUGUAGCCACACCGGAAUGGUUACCGAAGGACAAAAGUACUUUAACACCAUGAUGAAGAAUCACAAAGUUGCCCCUUCAACGAAGCACUACGCAUGUAUGGUCGAUAUGCUAUCACGAGCCGGAAAACUCGCGGAAGCAUUGGAGUUCAUCGAGAAAAUGCCUUUCGAAGCAAAUGUUCAGAUGUGGGGUGCUUUUUUACACGGAUGCACACUUUAUUCGAACUUUGAUCUGGGAGAAGUUGCGGUUAGCAGGAUAAUGGAGUUGCGGCCCGAGAGUUCGGAUUAUUAUGUGUUGAUGUUUAACUUGUAUGCGUCGAAUGCGAGGUGGGCCGAAGCUACAAAAAUUAGGGAUUUAAUGAAGGAAAGAGGGAUGGUCAAGGUGCCAGGUUUCAGCUCAGUGGGGACGGAAAAUGGGUUGAAAAAUUCAGUUCUUUUGGAACAUAUUUCUCAAAAACAAGUACACGACCGCAAGUUAGAUUAAUUGUUUCAUUCUCAUUGCUUCUGAUCAGUUCAACGGCGACAAAAGAAGUAUUCAGGAUUGUGUUCGAGGACUUCGGAUGCUUCACAAUUCAUGAAAAUAGGGGGAGUCUGACACAUCAAAUAUGGGCUUUUACAACCAGGAGAUGUUUCCAGGAAGAUCCUAUGCAUAUGAACCCAUAGCAGGGACAUCAAUUUAGCAAGGAAGGCAAGUCAGAUAAACAAGUUUGCUUGCUGAUGCAUCUGCUGCCGGAAUAACACGCAGAGAAGCCUUCAAUGGACAAAGGACUCGAACAGUUUUUCGCAUACAUACACACCUGCAGAGUGGAGAAAUACCCUUGCAAAGUUGGUAUUCGCAUAUAUGCUCUCGAAAACCUUACUUUUAUAUGCAAAUUUUGCAUAGAUCAAUACCUUAGCAAUGAGCAUACAAAUAAACAAGGUUUUCAUUAGUAGUUAUUUGUGCAAUAUCACAUAUUUGCAGGGGUAUAUAUGCAAAAAAAAGGAAGAAAUUGAAUAAUAAUCUAUGCUUCAGUUAGUAGAUCCAAAAUUUUCUGGAGUUUUAAAGAAGACGAAUCUCAGAACAAGCUGGUGUCUGAGACCAAUCUUCGAAUAAUCCUAAUACAUGUUGGGAGCCAUGUGACAUAAACUUUGGUUUUAUUUGACAUUUUUGUUUAUACUGUAAAACCAUUGAUGA